GAAGAAAGGCAUAAAAAAAAGGGGUGAUAGUUGGUAGGAUGCGUGUACUUGGGUGCGGCGUCUCGUCACCACCCGACAAACGACAGUUUAGUAGUGUCAACAGCAUCCAUAAUACCAUCGCUAACGACAAACUUGUCUGUGCCGAGAACGACAGUCCUGCGAAAAUAUUUCUCGAGAGCGCGAGAGAUAGUGAGAGAAUCAUUAAAGACAGCGGAUUCUUACAGAGUGGAUUCUUGAAAACUCAGUACGACUGCAUUACCACCAUCACCAUCAUCACUGUAUCAUCCGGAACUUCCUCGAUAUCUCGCGAGAAAAGAAAGUUUCUUUGAUCCAUGUGCUUCAUCUUUGACAACUCGCGACAGCAAUCAUAUAACUAUACAUUGAGAAGAGCGCGAUUCCUAUCAUUCGGACGAUAACGGAUCAUCCAAAACAGAGAAAUUUUGUCUGGUGUUCCAGACUUAGUUUGGACAAUUAGUCCAAACUAAUUCCUGAAGAGUUCAGACAACGUUCAGUCUACUCAUGUUCAUCCCGGACACUCUGAGAAGCUGCAUGGUGGAACCGGAUAUUUCAACUUAUCUACAAGCUCCUUCCGUUGGACAGGAUGAAUUCCAUCCAUUUAUCGAAGCUCUUCUACCAUUCGUGAAGUCCUUUUCGUAUACAUGGUUCAACUUACAAGCUGCCAAAAGGCGAUACUAUAAGAAACAUGAAAAGCGAAUGAGUUUAGAAGAAGAACGUCAAUGUAAGGAGGAACUUCAGAACGAGAAGCUGGAAGUAAAACAGAAAUGGGCCUCGCGGCUUCUAGGAAAAUUACGAAAGGAUAUCACGCAAGAAUAUCGAGAGGACUUUGUAUUGAGUAUUACGGGAAAGAGGCCAGCGAUGUGCGUUCUAAGCAAUCCUGAUCAAAAGGGUAAAAUGCGUCGAAUCGAUUGUCUUCGUCAAGCGGACAAGGUAUGGAGGUUGGACCUAGUUAUGGUGAUUCUUUUCAAGGCAAUUCCAUUGGAAUCGACGGAUGGGGAACGGCUUGAAAAAACUGCGGAAUGCGCGCAGCCGGGACUUUGCGUCAAUCCUUAUCAUAUUAACGUUUCUGUCCGGGAACUAGAUCUCUAUCUCGCCAAUUUUAUCACGAGUCACGAAGUACUGAAUGGCAUCUGCAAUGCUAGUAAGGAGGAGGACAGACGUCGUAAAGGUACAGGAUAUCAUGAACUAUAUAAUGGUGUCGUCUGCAAUGAUACGAUCCUUGCAACAGGUGUCUUCAGCUCCAAGGAGCUCUGGAUGCUUUCAAAAGCGUCCAUACUGCAUGACCUCAGCGACAUGCAGCCUCAAAUAAACGCGAUCAAAAUAGAGCACCCACCAUACUACUGCAGCAGCUACACCCCACCAUCCGCAGCCACGACUGCGGAUCACGUUCAGCCGGCGGCUAGCUUCAGGGCGUCCAACUUUCCACGCGAAGCGAGUUUCAUCUUACCUUCCUCCUGCCAAGGAACGUCUGACUUUCCACAUGAAGCGAGAUCCAUUCUACUUCCCUCCUGUCUAGGGACUACGCACUACUUUCCAUGGAAGAAAGCAACUAAAGUAAGAGAAAAGUUGCGUCGAGUUUACGGCAGAAAUGUCAUCAAAAAUGCCAGUGCCAGAACUGGUUCGCCCGAUUCCGUGAUGGUGAUUUUUCAAAGACGCUCAUCGCUCCGCAUUCAAUGGGAGCUUGCUAUCGCUCUAAAAGUGUCCGUUGGAAGUGUUCAUGGCCAUUUGAAAUCGCUAGGCUUCGUAAAGAAGCUCGAUGUUUGGGUAUCGCAUGAGUUGAAAGAAAUUUAUCUGACGAAUCGCAUGAGCGUCUGCGAUCAACUCAUCAAAUGCGAAGAAAACGAUCCGUUCUUGAAGUGUAUGAUCACGGGCGGCGAAAAAUGGAUUGUCAACAAUGUCAGCCGAAAAAGAAAUUGGAGUAGGCGAAGUGAAGCAUUGGAAAGGCAAACAAAGACGGAGAUUCAUUAA